GCUCCUAAUUCAGCUGCUCUUUGCAGCAAUAAAAACACCCCGGAUCAACACCGAUAUCCAAUGCUGGCCGCGACCGCGUAACGCGUCUUUGACUGGAGCACCGAGCGCAACCACCCGCUACGCACUGAUUCAACAAAAUGGCACGCUUCGCGCCGCGAGGCGACAAUUCGCGUAAUCCUUAUCUGGAUAACGUGCCGUUGGACGACACGAACGACAACAUCUUCCUGGCCGAGUCCGACGACGACGACGACGAUUUUUUCUUCAACGAGCCUGAGAAAGACGGGUCGCCACGAAAAAAUCGGCGCACGACCUGGGAUCCUGCCGGCGAGUUCCGGACGUUGCCGGAUUCGCAGGAACGCAUAUACGUUUCCAAGCCACACUGGGCCGAAGCCGACGCGACGGACGACGAACAGAAUGGCGAACACAGAGAAACCGCAAAGGCUGAUGCCCAUGGGUUUUCGCUUUUACUGCUGCUCACAAAUGGGCUGGGGAUCGAUAGUCUAAAUAACCUGCUGAUGGCCGAUUCGUAUGCCCGCGAGGGAUACUUUGUAGUGAUGCCCGACCUUUUCUUUGGCGAUCCAAACGCGCCCAUCGUCCAACCCCCUAAAUCGUUCGGCCCAACAUCCCUCCUCUCACGCGUCAAAUCCCUCGCCGUCUCCUCCGCGACCGGCUUCCGCACAGACAUGUGGGUCGCACGACACACUGAAGAGCGCACGUGGCCGAUGCUCGUGCAGAUGAUUGACGAGAUUGUGGAUAUCUAUCGUCCGCGGGAUAUCAGCGUGGUGGGUUACUCGUUUGGCGGCAAGUACGCGCUCAAGCUGUUGCAAUUGCCGAUCGGGUCGCCUGACGCGAAGGAGCGGAGUAUGUCGAGCACGUCGAGUUCCAGUCUGGAGCAGACAAAGUCGCCGACUGCUGCGACUCCUCUCAAACAACAGUCCCCAGUGGCCGAGACUCCGAACGAAGAGUCUCAUGGGGAUGAAUCUCCAACGGAAGACGAACAGAGCGCGAAGCUAGUCCCUGAAGAACAAGCGGACGAACAAUCGCAAGAACAAGCCGAAGAACAACCAAUGACGCCCUCCAAGCCCACCCUCGAGAUCGAAAUCCCCACAACAGCAACGACAUCCCUCACCUCCCCCUCCUCAUCCACAGUCGCCUCCCCCACCGCCCAACCUCUUUCCCCUGCCCCGUUUCUUUCCCAGCCCGUCGUAAGCAGCCUGACCAACCCUCCCUGGUGCAGUCUCAUCACAACCGGCGUCAUCGCACACCCCUCCCUCGCCGAACUGCGCGACUUUGUCUCCAUCAAAAAACCAGUCCUCGUCCUCGCCGUGGAGGAUGAUCCGCUGUUCCCGCCAUCUCUGAUACAGGCAGCGAUCAAAGCUCUCGGCACGCACACCGCGUUCUACGACGUCAAGUUGUUUGACAGGAAGCUGCCACAUGGGUUUGCGGUUAAAGGCGACUAUCCUGCGGAUAACCGGCUUGUUGCGGAGAACCAGGCUCUUGCGCAUAGGGAUAUCGUCAGUUGGCUCAAGAGUUUUGUGGAAUAGGUUUAUUUUGUAUGAUACGUUGGUAGAUUUACUUUAGCAA